AUGAUAGUUCAACCAAGUGCUUUUAAAUUAGUACUUUUCGGUAUUUUUGCAUGUGGUGUUGGUAUUGUUCUCCUAAAUGUUGUCUCAUAUGGUAAACGUCAAGGUGAUUAUGAACUAUCGAACAAAGAGACCGCAAUGGAUGCAUCAAAUCGUCGUUCUGGUGAAUCAAGUUUCAAUAAAACUAAUUCUAAAUUAAAUAUCAAAUCGAGAACAUUCACUGAUAAAAAAAUAGAUCCUUCUAAAAUAUUAAUUCGAAACUAUAAAAUAGUGUUGGAUGAUGAAAAGAACGGCAAUGUUGUUGUUCAUGAAUCCGGUGGAGGUGAUAACCAUAUACUUUUACUUCAUGGCCGAAAAUAUUCUUCGGAAAUAUGGGCUAAAAUCGGUACACUUCAAAAUCUCACUCUUUGGGGUUAUCGAGCAUAUGCUAUUGAUAUUCCACAUAGUGGAAAUGAUUCACUACCUGUAACGGGAGAUAAAGCAGCAGUUCAAUGGUUAACAAGAGUCAUUAGGAAACUUCAUCUUUCAAACUUAGUCAUUAUUAGUCCAUCAAUGAGUGGACGAUUAACAUUACCUUACAUGUUUCAAUUGAAAAAACAGCAAAAAUUAAUACGAGGUUUUGUUUAUAUUUCUCCAGUUGGAACAAAACAAUAUCAAGCUUCUGAUUUUACACAGGUUAAAAUUCCAACGUUGGUUGUUCAUGGUGAAAAAGAUACUGAAUUUUUACCAGCAUUUGAAACUCUAAAAACAAUUCCGACAAGCGAAAGUUUAUUAAUUAAAAAUGCGUCACAUAAUUCAUAUUACGAAAAGCCACAGGAGUUUCAUCAGGGGCUUCGACGAUUUCUUGGCAAGGUCUAUCAAUCAAGUAAUAAAAUUUCUCCUAAAUCACUCAAGGAAAAACCUUUAUUAAGAAAUACAACAAAAUUAUACAACAAGCGAAAGCAAUAA